UGCAACUUUAGGGUUCUUCGUCCAUAUGGAGUUUUGUGGCGACAGGGCUCGGCUGCGACGCAAGGCGCUCGUACUGCCGGCGCUCUCGAUUGGAAAUGCGGGCCAGCUCGCCGUGGAUCUCUUGAUUUCGACGUAUGGAAUGCCCAGGGUCGGAUUCUUGGAUGAUCCUCAUGUGUUGCCGUGCGUGGAAAAUGAUCCAUUUGGUCCCGAGCCUCGGGGCGAAUUAGCAGUCGCAAUGGAAUUGUACGUGGAUUCUGCCAGUGAUAUCACAGUCUUGCAACAGCGAUCGCCUCUUGUCAAGGGCUCCACGCUUAAGUUUGCCGAGAAUCUGGCCGACUGGGCGAAGAGUGAGGGAUUUGAAAACGUCGUCGUGCUAUCCGGCUUGGACUCGGGAAAGAGACACCUUCUCCACAACGCUGGGCCUCAAGUUUACUAUCAAACCAGCGCCAGCGAAGAUGGCAAAGACGAGCUGUGCGAGAGACUAGGCUGGCUGGACGUGAAACAAUCCGGUCAGCACACCGAGCCCUUCGAGUUUUCUGUGCUGAGAGAUGCGAUGGAUGGUAGAUUCGGAGAGCAUGACCAAGACUACCUCUCGCGGCUGCCGGUUACUGCUCUGUUCACGUCCUUCAAGAAAAGAGGCUUGAAAGUUCUGUCAGUGCUGUGCUACUGUGCCGAAGGAGAUAACAUCCCAGACGCUACCUUCCUCGCGAGCGCUUGCGAUAGAUUCUUCCAUUCUUGCAAUGGCAAGGAAUGCAAGAACUGGAGGAUACCUUUGUCGUGGUCAACAGUUUACGGAGCACCCCCAGAUCUUUCCAUCUAUUGAGCAAGCAAAAUGAUAACAAGGUGUUUUUUUUCAAACCGGUAUCCUUCUUUUCUUUUCUUUUUUCGUUCUUUCGUUUUGCGGGUAUGGCAGGCAUGAAAUUUUCGCCAUUCUUGACGCAGAUUAAACGCAAGUUUUCAGGGAAUGGAGUUCUUGGGAAAGUUCUAUCUUUUUGGUGUUCUAAUGCCUAUAACGUGGCAGACACGUGGCGGUUAGGCCCUUUUGUGGGAGACGAUGGCUGAAAGGUCGCAGAGAGGAUGCCGCGGUGAAUGGAAAGCCUGCCGCGGUUGCGCUUGCUGUCGCGGUCGCGGUCGCGGUCGUGGCCUCUAGACCAUGGCGGUGAUGAACAGCCUUUUAAUGUACACCUUUGUGUCGCUGACGGCGAUCUGUGUGCUCAAACGCAUUGGAGUGGUAGAGGUUCAUUCCGAGAGAGUGAGGAACACAGGCGCUAGAAAAGCUUUGGAGGCAUCGAUUUUGGCUGGUGAUGCGCUUGUCACCAAGGCAUUGGACAUUCUCAUUCUUUGCUCGUCGCAAAUAACGAGUAGUUCACCACCUCCAGAGUAACGCUUGCGUGCCUACGGCCUACGUAUAGAAGAUGGGCUGCAAGAAAGCCUCAGUGUUAUCUGCACCCAAACACAGGAAUGAACUUGAUCAAUCGCUCGGUAGCACUGUUAUCACCUCCACAACGUCCAUUCCUUUGCUCCACACGGAGUAGCGGAACGUCCAUCCAUGGCAGGCACCAGCGUGCUCGAGCUGCCUGUUAAUCGCGAAGAGCGCUCCAACAAAGUCGGGGUACUUUCGCCGGAUUCUAGCGAUGGCGUCGUCUGCCGCUUGCUGAGGAGUCAUGCCCCGGCGCAUGCUCUCUACAACCUGGUAACUGAUUCAACGGAGAAGAAUCACUAGCGAUCUAGACAAACCAUCGAAGGAGAGUUGAGUUACCAUGGGAGGAAGCGCAUCAUCACGUCUCCAUCUCCAGUGGCUCCGCAAGCUCCAACUUCCGAAUCAGCGUAAGCUCCAGCUCCAGCGAUCGGUCCAUCUCCAACUCUGGAUGGACAAGAGCGAGACUUUCAAAGGUUUGGAGGAGGAGAGAAAAGCGGAAGAACACAACCUUCCAGGGAUUUUAUGAGUAGCUCCAUUCGUGGAAGUCCCGACUGCUAUGUUUCCUUCCUGAUAAAAACGAUCAAUCUCAAGAGAAAGAAAGGAAAGAACUUUUGUGA